AUGCCGCACACAGCGCCGCAGCCUCUGCCCGUCGUGGACAUAGUGGCGGAGGCCGCGAAGCUCCAAGAGGCGAUGGCCCGGGGGACCCUGGAGUCCCAGCUGGCCCGAGCACAGGAGAGCAGAGGCGACGCCGGCCAGAGCGGGACCGCGGAGGCCGCCCGGGCCGACGCCGAGGAUGAAGCCGGCUGGGGUGGCGUGGGGAGAGCUGCCCAGCCGGAGGUCGAAGCCGGCAGGGGCGGAGCGGAUGCCGCCGCCCAGCCGGAAGUCGGAACCGGCGAGGGCGAAGCAGGCAAUGCCGCCCAGCCAGAGAUAGGGGGAGCAGGAGCUGGUGGGGGUGCACAAGAAUGCCCCACCAGCCAAAUGGAGGAGACCCGUGUCCCGGAGCUUGCGAGGGCCGGGGAUGAGGGUGCUGCUGCGGCGGCGAUGGUGCAAAUGGCGUCGGCAAGCGUGGGGCCGCUUAUGGAGCUGCCACAGAGCAGCGGGGAGUGUGGGGACUCCGAGGAUGUGCUCGGCACAGGGACGUCCGAGGGGCCCGGUCAUGGGGCGAUCAUCCAGUCUAGAGUCCCCUUGGAGUUUCUCCGCAGCGACCAAGAGGAGGAGGCGGUCUGGAAGGCGUAG